AUGAUGUCCAUUUCACCUCCCACAAUCCUUCUCAUUGGCGCUUCGCGUGGCCUUGGUCACGCCAUGGCGGCAGAAUUCCUAGAAAAGGGAUGGAAUGUUGUUGGAACAGUUCGCGGCGAAUCACGCACAUUACUCCAUGAUCUAGCAGACAAGUACAGCGGGCGUGUUGACAUUGAGACCUUGGAUAUUUGCCAACCCGAUCAAAUCAAGGCGCUCGAUGCGCGCUUGUCGGGCAAGAUAUUUGAUGUCCUCUUUGUGAACUCUGGCACAACAAAUCGUGACCAAACCCAAAAAAUUGGAGAUGUAUCAACCGAAGAAUUUGUACAUGUCAUGGUCACGAAUGCGCUCAGCCCUAUGCGUGUCGUUGAAAGUCUGGCACACCGCGUGGCUCCCAAAGGUCUUAUCGGUGUGAUGUCAUCUGGACAAGGAAGCAUUACCAACAAUGAGACCGGUCAGCGAGAGGUAUAUCGUGGCACUAAAGCUGCGCUGAAUAUGUAUAUGCGGAGCUUUGCAGCUCGUCAGGUUCCAUUGCGUCCGAUGGUGGUGAUGGCUCCGGGGUGGGUCAAAACUGAGUUGGGAGGUCCAGAGGCUCGGCUUACCAUCGAAGAAAGCAUUCCCAAUUUGGUGAAUGUGCUUCUUGCAAAGAGAGAAAGACCGGGACUUGAAUACCUCGACUAUCUUGGUCGAACUGUCCCUUGGUGA